CUCGCUUGAACGUUGGUCCUCUUCUCUUGUCCACUUUAAACAUAUUCAUCUCUUCUUCAGUCAUCUUCCAUGGAACCAAAAGGUGAAGGACAUUUCAAUCUGGAGCUGGAGAAUGGCAUGAAAAAUGGAUGCAUUGAUCUUGCGUUCGAGCGCCAACCAGAGACCUUAGCGAUCCAAGAAGCGGUGAGAGUUCUCUUGCAGGGUUUGGGUGAGGAUAUCAACAGGGAAGGCAUCAAAAAGACCCCUUUUCGUGUCGCCAAAGCGCUUCGGGAAGGAACCAGAGGUUACAAACUAAAGGUGAAAGACUUUGUGCAGAGUGCUCUGUUUCCAGAAGCAGGAUUAGAUGAAGGAGUUGGCCAAGCGGGUGGAGUUGGAGGGCUUGUUGUUGUCCGAGACCUCGACCACUACUCUUAUUGUGAGUCUUGCUUGCUUCCUUUCCAAGUCAGGUGUCACAUUGGUUAUGUUCCUUCUGGCCAGCGGGUCCUGGGAUUGAGCAAGUUCUCUAGGGUCGCUGAUGUUUUUGCUAAGCGGCUUCAAGAUCCACAGCGUCUGGCUGAUGAUAUUUGCUCGGCUCUUCAGCAUUGGGUCAAACCAUCUGGAGUUGCUGUCGUUCUCCAAUGUUCACACAUCCAUUUCCCGAGCUUGGAUAUGAACUUUCUCGAUUCUAGCCACCACGGUUUCGUGAAGUUAUUGGUUUCCUCUGGUUCUGGAGCUUUCGAGGAUGAAAGCUCUGAUCUUUGGGGUGAAUUCCUGAGUCUUUUGAAGUUUAAAGGCAUAAACACUCACAACUUGUGUAGAAACGGUUCUGUGAAAGAGUGGUGCCCAAGCGUUAAAAGCUCCUCCAAAUUCUCUCCCUCCGACUCAGAAAUGGUUUCUGCAGUCAGUUCCAUUCUGAGAUCGUUGGGUGAAGACCUGUCAAGGAAAGAACUCGUUGGAACGCCUUCUCGUUUCCUGAAAUGGAUGAUGAGCUUCCAGAAUGCCAACCUGGAGAUGAAGCUGGGUGGCUUCGGUUAUGGUGAAACCGAUACCAAAUCCAAAGGGGAGGUCAAGGGAAGAAGACUGCACUCCGAGCUGAAUCUCCCGUUCUGGUCAAUGUGUGAGCAUCAUUUGCUUCCAUUCUAUGGAGUCGUCCACAUCGGUUACUUCUGUCCUGAUGAUGGUUAUACUCCCAUUGGAGAAUCACUUGUGCAGUCAGUGGUGCAUUUUUACGGGUUCAAGCUUCAAGUACAGGAAAGGAUGACCCGACAGAUCGCUGAGACGUUAUCUCCUCUUGUCGGAGGAGAUAUAAUCGUGGUGGCAGAAGCCGGGCAUAGUUGUAUGAUCUCUCGGGGGAUCGAGAAGUUUGGAAGCAGCACUGCUACAAUUGCAGUCAUGGGUCGGUUUUCCACUGACCUUUCUGCAAGAAGCAUGUUUCUUGACAGCAUCCAGAAAUCUUCCUAACAGCAGGAAGGAAGCUUGUGGUUCAGAUUUUGGCUAUUGCCCUGUUUUUUUUUUUUCUCUCAAGCUCAUGUCUUUGGGUUGAGAAAUCUGGCAAGUGGCAGGAAGAAGACAACGACAGGGUUUGUGUAUGUUGUGUUUUAUGAUUCUCUGAUUGUUUCUACAACCGCACAGCAUUUUCAAAGGAAAGUCCUUACCUUACCAGCAAAAUAAAUCGAUUUUUCUUGUUUGA